AUGGCCGCGUCUUUGGUUCGUCUAAGUCAGAGCGUCGACUCGAUUGCUCAUUGGACCUCUGACCGGGGCACACUCCUCGUCGUGGUGAUCGAAGACUACAUCGGGCAUGAGGACGAAGUCGCCGACCUGCUUGUACAGUUUCACAGCCUCAAGAUCAACGCCAUCUUCAUACCGCCCAUCGCCAGCAACCAUUCCAUGUCUCAAUCACAUUUUGCAGUUCUCAGCAAGAUGCUCGCCGAAAGCGGGCCAGAGACAAAGUGGUUCGCUCUGCUUGACGACGACACGUUCUUUCCGCACCUGGAGCCUUUAUCCACGGCACUCAGCUCUCUUGAUCACGAAAACAAAGACCUUUAUGUUGGCGGGCUGACGGAGGACUGGGGCUCUCUCACGCGAUUCGGUCUCAUGGCUUAUGGCGGUGCUGGCGUAUAUCUCUCUGCACAUCUGGCCAGGAAGAUCGGGAACCUGGACCAGCUCCUCCAGUGCAUCGAGGAGUCCCCGCCUCAGUUGGGAGACAUAAUCAUCCGUGACUGUGUCUACCGCCACAGUAGGGCGCGUCUGACCGUGCUGCCAGAUCUGAACUGCUUCCUUCAACGAUUCAUCUUUGGCAACGAUACUGUCCUUAGUAAUGGCUACUCGAUCACCGUGUACCCAAAGGGCAAGGACCCGAAGUACGAGUACAGCAUGGGGCCGCUGCGCGACAGGGUGCCCGACAGUGAUCACAAAACGUACUACCUCAAGUACACGGAAGUCAGGGCAGAUCUCAUGAGACAGCUGCCUCAGAGGAAGCACAUGUACCUCGAAAACUAUCUGACAGUCACAGAAAUAUGGCGAUCAGCAGGCAAGAAGGCAAAGCGUGGAAGCAUGAAUCACUAUGCCGACAUUGACAGACUACUCGUCCUCCUCGCUGUUCCUCCUUCUGAUGACCGCAGAGCUGAGUCCUUUGGGACUCGUUAUGCAUGCCUGGACACGGUAUGGCGCGAGGACGAUGUACACCGGGAACUGAGUCCUAGAAUCAAGACGGGAAUCAAGACGGGGAAGGCAACCUCGAGUUUUACCAGCAGAAAUCUAUCAAGAGAUAGGCAGCCGUCCAGCAGUCGGCGCGAGGACUGGGAUACAGAUACCAAGGAUCUCUUGCAAGAGCUCUGUGAAGGCGUUAUCCACUACAUCUUGUCGCUCGACGAGCGCUUCCGCUUCGAGCACAAAGUCGUCUUCGCCGCAGUCAACAUUGCUCUCCGUGCCAUCCUCAAACCUGAAAAAUGGGCCAUUUUUGAGCCGACCAGGGAGGUGCUCUACGCGAAGGUCGGCAGCGCAUGUCUUGACAUGGCACUCGGCCUCACUGCAGUCCACAGAGCCAUCGUUGAGGCGAUGCUGGAGACCGCAGUCAUGGAUACAGAUCGCCAGCUCUCCAUGGACAGCAUUCUCAGCACACGGGCGAGCAUCCUGCACCGCAUUGGCCACUGCGUCAACGGCUCAACCCCAAUCCACUUCCUCGACUUUGUGUAUCCUCCCGAUUCGCGCACCCCCUUGGAGCAAUACAUACGCUUCGAAGUCUUGCGUGUCCUCCGGGCUGCACUGGUGGAGCCGUCUUUCUUCUCUUGCUCUGCGAGCCAGAUGGUGGCUGCGGCAGUCUCUGCAACGUGGCGUCGUCGGUUCGGAAUCCCCUGGGCGGAGCCGCUCGAUUCCCUUCCUGGUCACCAUUACGAAGAAAUCAAGUGGAUAGCGGACCUUCUGUAAUGUCGCAAGUGAGUUGCGGGGUGCGGUGAUUCCCGGCUCAUACUCUCUACAAGAAUGUCUUAUGUGUAUGGGAAGGACGUUCGUAAAACAAUGUCAAGGGUACCCAUAGAUUUCUUGCCCUACGGAACCUCCUCGCCGCGGUCUGGGAAGGUGAGACAUAGUGUCUGGCAGUGUAGGUGCGGGCCAUUCGUAGGCGAAUCGACAUUUGUAUGUACAUAAAGCUGGUCAAUGUAUCUCUCGUUUAGUUACACUUCCUGUCAAGAAUUUGCCCG